CAGGACAGGUUUGAGAACCACUGGCCUGAACAUUGCGUGACAUGCACAGAACAUCUUAUAUAAGUUCCACGUGAGAUCAGAAUUUCACCACGGUCCCUUAGAGCGCACCAGCGCUACUGAAAUUUAGAGACGCUCCCUUACAGCUUUUCUGAUGAAAUCUCUCCGCUUUAGCUCCGCGGCUAGCGAGGGAAACGGCGACGUCAACGAGUCGGAAUACCAAGUAUCUCUAUUUAAAACGAAUUAAAAGUGAAACCGCUUUUUUUCGUAAAUCUAAAGAGACUACUUUGACUCGAUUUUGAUGGUACAGCCGUUUUUUCUCUUACAACUUACAGUAUUUUCUUCCGAAAACGCGGCAGCUGGGCUCGAUUGAGGUGACAGCAGACAGACAGACAGUUGAAGAACCGACGCUCGUUUCCCUUCAGACGUCAAAAUGGCUUUUGUUUCAAGCUUUCAUUUGGAGUAUACCAGCCUUUCUUACUCUCACACCACCUCAAAAUGCCUUUCCAUUCCUUCUGCUGUUUCUACAACCCCUUCAAACCGAAAUAAGUUGUGUUAUUUUCCUCAGGACGGCACAGUUGGCGUUAAUACUGCGGUCAAUAUGGACGCUGAAGCUAUUUACGCGAGCCGGGUCGGACUCAACACAGCCUAAACGACAUGGACACUUUCAUUUACCCCGGAGAAUAUUUAUCUGUACUCCUGGAUGGUAUUAAGGGCUGAAAGGAAUGAGAAACGGAGUGUUUUACUUUUUUCGUAGCUAACAUUUAGCCAUACAGUAACGUUAAAGCUUGGUACUAGCUGCUUUAGCCAGCUAAGGCCAUAUUUAGUUUGUAUUUAAAAACUGGUAUGCAUUAGUAACAUUUAGAGACAUUGAAACCUAACAUUCUAAACUCGAGCACUUUUUUUCAUGCAAAUGAAGUCUAAAUGGUGUGUUUAAGGAGCGGCCACUUAUAAAGGAAGUAACCAAAGUUAAUAGCUUGUGCCGUUUUUCGUUUCGUUUAUGUAGUUCAACGCAUUUCAUAUUUUUCAGAAGUAUGAGCACACAUGGACACUUUUCUCAAGUGGACACGCGGUCCGCGCGUGACAGUAACGAGAGCGCUGACGGCUCGUGGAUAAGCGUCUUCUCUUUAGUUUCAAGGCCUGCGUGGUCUCUCCUGCAGAGGUAUUUCCCCGGAAGAACGCAAACAGCAUUUGAAAUGAAGUCAAGUCUAGAUAUGGGAAAUUCUCUGGCCCCUCUGAAAGUAGCAUACUUCCAGUGCCAGCAUGAAAACGCGCCUGGCGCGUCCUCUGGAGAUCCAGGGACUCUUCCCUGGUUCACGCACGAUUCGUUGAGUGAACUGGGAAUUCAGAGCACCUCCCAGAAAGAUAUUAAUCUUCAAAAGCAAGCGUCGGUCGGAUACCUCAGAACGGCGAGAAACUUAAUCACCCAGGUGUUACAGAACACGCAGGAAAAAAGGCGCGCCAAACCGGAAAACGGAUGCGAUUUGAGCCCGGAUACGCUGUCCGUGCGAACCCCAAACAGCUGGAGGUGGGGUGGAUUUUUGGAGGCCGAUGACAGACCUCCGAACUGGCUGCUAAACGUAGCACAAAGCAGAAAAGAGACUGAUACGAGCUGGCAGCAUUGUGGAGAACAACAUCACAGUGUCGGCUAUUGUCAAAGCGAUGAUGGGCGGUCAAUGCACAACGAAAGCGCUGGACCCUUGUGCUCUAAAGAGGUAACCCACAAUGCAAUCCUGCCCAAAGCAGAAUCCCUCCCAAACUCAUACCAGCUUCCACUAGAUGUUGAGCAGCAACUACUAGUUUGUAGUAGAGCCUACAAUGAGGUGGCAAUUCUGACUCCAGACCAAGAUAAUGGCUACUCCAGCUUGGAGGAAGAACACUCAAAUAGUAAGCUUCACAUGAGGCUGCCUUCCCAGGAACAGGAGGUGUCGGAAACAGCCAGCCCUGUUGCCUCCGAGGACGGCUUAUGUCAGACUAACACUACAGGGAGUGAGUUCAAUAGUGAACCUGUCACUAGUGGGGUAGAAAUUAAGGAAAGCGAGGAAGAGGACACUGAAGAGAAAGCAGACACAGUUCCAGAUGCUGAAAAUGUGCCCCUUUUAGCUGCUCCUCAAUGUCAAAACAAGGUCAUCGCCUACAUCAUGGGCAGCCCUUGCAGUGGCGAAUCCGAAUCGGAGGAUGAUAGUGAUUGGGACAGUAAUGACGAUGAUGGCUUUGACAGCGAAGGCUCAUCCCACUUCUCAGAUUCUGAAGACCUAGAUGACAGCGACGAUGAAUCUGAAGAAGAUUCGGAUGGAGAGGAAGCCGACUCUGAGACUGAGAGGCUGUGGAAUUCUCUGUGCCAAAACGGAGAUCCUUAUAACCCGAGGAACUUCACAGCUCCCAUAAGGACAGCCUCCAAGCCAAGCCCUGCGACUACAGACUCUUCGGUCUCGGAGUCUCCACCAGUGCAUAUGUCCUCCCGGCUUUCGCCGCCUCCAUCGUCACCCUCACUCUCAGAGAAUGAGUCCAGCGAAGAUGCCUGUGAGAUGGACGAGGAAGAGAAUCGGAGAUUGUGGAACUCUUUCAGCUGGUCAGCAGAUCCUUACAGCCUCCUCAACUUCCAGGCCCCCGUACAGACUCGGAAAACCACCAAAAGGUGCCGGAUGGAGAAAGUGCCUGGAACGCCUCACUACAAAAGAGAGGAGGCUGAGGAGAGGCUGGACAGUGGAUUCUCAGAGAUUUCCCCUUUGCCAUGCUCAAGCAGUGCCACGGCUGUUCAGCUGAAGAAGGUGACAUUUGUAGAAGAGGUUGAGGAGUUCUAUGCCAGCAGCGACGAGGACCGUCAUGGACCCUGGGAGGAAAUCGCCCGGGACCGCUGUCGUUUUCAGCGCCGUGUUCAGGAAGUUGAAGAGACUAUCAGCUACUGCCUUUCUCCAACUUUCCGUCUGGACAUUUUUCAAAGACUACACAGUACUAGCUAAUUAAAAGCCUUGUUUGUUGUUUGACAGCAAGUGUAAACAAUGAAUAAGAAAUAAUAUAUAUCAAUAGUUUAAUUCAGGGCAGCAAGAGGCCCUUCAAUGUUCAAAGGGCUCACAAGUCACAAAUCCAAGGAACCCCGUAGUUCCUGCCAGGGAAGGUCACCUCACUUGAGUCUGCUGAACUGUUUUGUGCUGAGUGUUGUGUGGAUUCUGGAAAUAUGCAUUUUGUUUUGGUUUUCUUUGCCACAAGUCUCGCUGUCCUUUUUAGCCCUUAAUACAAUAGUUUCAUUUUAAGGAGAAAAACAGAGGACCUACCUGUCAUGUCCUUUUAAUUGCAGGAUUCCCACUCAUGCCUAUUGGACGAUUGAUUUAUAUGAUUUGGUUUAGUGAUGCACGAACAGUACACAAAAGUCCACUAACUUCACCCCGUGAAGUAACAUUAACAUUCAUCUUAGUAACAUUAACUCUCUUAGAACUGUAUUAGUGCAAAAGUAUUCUGGAGGGGAGAUUAAGUGUUAGCUUUCCAAUCCCUGUUGUUUUCAACUCGCAGGCCUUCUUAUAAACCCCUCGUGUUGUAACCUCAAAGCCAAAGAUAACA